CCGGUCCCCGCCUCGGCCCCGGGCUCCGAAGCGGCUCGGGGGCGCCCGUUUGGUCAGCGUCGUCGUCUGCCCCCUCCCCAGCCCCAGCCCCUGGGGACCCAGGCUCUCCAGCGCCCAGCCAGGGGAGCCGGCCGGGAAGCGCGAUGGGGGCCCCUUCCGCCCUGCCCCUGCUCCUGCUUUUCGCCUGCUGCUGGGCGCCCGGCGGGGCCAACCUCUCCCAGGAUGGCUACUGGCAGGAGCAGGAUUUGGAGCUGGGAACUCUGGCUCCACUGGACGAGGCCAUCAGCUCCACAGUCUGGAGCAGCCCUGACAUGCUGGCCAGUCAAGACAGCCAGCCCUGGACUUCUGAUGAAACAGUGGUGGCUGGCGGCACCGUGGUGCUCAAGUGCCAAGUGAAGGACCAUGAGGACUCAUCCCUGCAGUGGUCCAACCCUGCCCAGCAGACUCUCUACUUUGGGGAGAAAAGAGCCCUUCGAGAUAAUCGGAUUCAGCUGGUGAGCUCCACGCCCCAUGAGCUCAGCAUCAGCAUCAGUAACGUGGCCCUGGCCGACGAGGGCGAGUACACCUGCUCCAUCUUCACCAUGCCUGUGCGAACUGCCAAGUCCCUCGUCACUGUGCUCGGCAUCCCACAGAAGCCCAUAAUCACUGGUUACAAGUCAUCAUUACGGGAAAAGGAGACAGCCACCCUGCACUGUCAGUCUUCUGGAAGCAAACCUGCGGCCCAGCUCACCUGGAGGAAGGGUGAUCAAGAGCUUCGUGGAGAACCAACUCGAAUACAGGAAGAUCCCAAUGGGAAAACCUUCACUGUGAGCAGCUCAGUGACGUUCCAGGUUACCCGGGAGGAUGACGGAGCAAACAUCGUGUGCUCUGUGAACCAUGAAUCUCUGAAGGGAGCUGACAGAUCCACCUCUCAACGCAUUGAAGUCUUAUACACACCAACUGUGAUGAUUAGACCAGACCCUCCACAUCCCCGCGAAGGCCAGAAACUGUUGCUACACUGUGAGGGACGUGGCAAUCCAGUCCCCCAGCAGUACCUAUGGGAGAAGGAGGGCAGUGUGCCACCCCUGAAGAUGACCCAGGAGAGCGCACUCAUCUUCCCCUUCCUCAAUAAAAGCGACAGUGGCACCUACGGCUGCACAGCCACCAGCAAUAUGGGCAGCUACAAGGCCUACUUCACUCUCAAUGUUAAUGACCCCAGCCCAGUGCCCUCAUCCUCCAGCACCUACCAUGCCAUCAUCGGCGGGAUUGUGGCAUUCAUCGUCUUCCUGCUGCUCAUCCUGCUCAUUUUCCUGGGCCACUACUUGAUCCGGCAUAAAGGAACCUACCUGACGCAUGAGGCCAAGGGCUCCGAUGACGCCCCAGACGCAGACACGGCCAUCAUCAACGCAGAAGGCGGGCAGUCAGGAGGGGAUGACAAGAAGGAGUAUUUCAUCUAGGGGCACCUGCCCACCUCCUGCGCCCCCAGGGGCCCCAUGGGGACUGCUGGGCCGUCACCAACCUGGACUUGUACAGAGCGACCCCAGGGCCGCCCCUCCCGCUUGCUCCCCAGCCCACCCACCCCCCUGUACAGAAUGUCUGCUUUGGGUGCGGUUUUGUACUCGGUUUGGAAUGGGGAGGGAGGAGGGCGGGGGGGAGGGGAGGGUUGCCCUCAGCCCUUUCCGUGGCUUCUCUGCGUUUGGGUUAUUAUUAUUUUUGUAACAAUCCCAAAUCAAAUCCCAAAUCUGUCUCCAGGCUGGAGAAGUGGGGGCCCUGGGACGAGGAAAGCAAAAAAAAAAAAAAAAAAAGAAAAAAAAAGAAAAAAAAAUCUCAAGUGUGCGGAGGAGGAGGAGGAAGGUAGAGGGGUAAGGAAAGGGUGAAUAGCAGGGCUGGUUUGGAAGGGCGGGGUAUCCCCAGCCCUCUCUCCAUCCUUUACAACAGAGCAGCUGCCACAACUUCUCCAGGAACCCAGGAGGCAGAGAGUAGUGAACAAAGGCUGGAGGUGGCUUUACCUCUGCCAGCCACACACUGGAAGGGGGGUGCUGCUCUGACCCCACUCCCAAGUCCAGAGGCCAUGUGAAUGCAGGUGGCAUGCAGCUUCCACGUGGGGAGGGCACAGAUACCUGUGAGCAAAGGUAGAAGAGGAAGAAUGACGGAGAGGGCCCUGUGCACCUGUUGCCUCCCCUACACCAUCAAUGAAUGAAGCCAGGCUCUUUCCGCAGGAACUGCCCUGGGGGAUGGCAGGAUGUGGAGGCCCCUCCUUGCUCCAGCAGCUAUAGGAGAGGCACUGCACUGGGGCCUGAACUGCAUCUGCUUCUCCCUGAGGGGCCCCACACUCUUACCCGGACCCCUGGACCGUUGCACGGCAACCACUCUUCACAGCAUUGCUAAGCAACUGCUCCUCCCCAUCCUGUGCCGCCCUGUGUCCUGUCCAUCCAGACCCCAGCACAUAGUCUGCCCUCCCUCAGCAGCCAGGCAGACAUAACAACAAAAAUACUAAAAGGAGCUUCGCUGCACUGAGCUGUUUCCUGCCCAAACUAAGGGAAUAAUGUGAACUGUGUGUGUGCGUGUGCGUGGGUAUACAUGUGCACGUGUGUCUGUGUGAGUGAGAGGCAGAGAGAGGAACCGAGGAGGAUGCUAAGAGCCGGGGCCCUGGGCAGGUGGACGGAGUGUGGAAAGUGACACGAAAGGGCUUUGGGAGUGGAGGACGUUAGUCGGGGUUUGUACCAUCCUGGUGUUUCCCAGGCCACCCCCAGCACUCAUCUGUCCUAGACAAAGGAGUCUUAGGAUGUGCUUUUGCCCCACUGUCUAUUCCAUCUCCCUGAAACUCAGAGCGUCCAGUCUCUCCCCUGACGUACCCUCUCCAAGCUGUGGCAUCAGUGCCACAGCCUUUGCUAUGCACCCUCAGGCUCUUCCUGGCGCUGACCCUGGAUUUCCCACCAUCUGAACCCAGCAUUUAGAGGGGCUGGGGUCCCUGCCCCUGUCUUCCCCUCUGUCCCGGGGCGGGUCGGGGCGGGGGCCCCUUCAGCUGGUUGCCCUGGAGAUGAGGCUGUGCACUCUCCCUGUCCUGGACGGUCUGCCCGCCCCCCUCCUGAUGUUCUGAUGCUUGUGGCAUCGCUGCCUCUCCCUCCCUCAGCACGUCCUCCCCACUCUGACAUGGAUGUGCAAAACGCAAAACAGGGCAGCUGCAAUCCAGCAGGUCUGCCCACCCCCUUCAGUUCAGGUAAUAACGUCGUGAAUCUUCCAGCCACUGGUUAGGGCCCUGGGCACCGCAGGCAGCCCCUCACUUAAGCCAGGGCCCACUCCUCUUACAGCAGCAAGGGAGCCUUGGGUCCCAGGCCUGUCAGGCUCCUAGUCUCCCAGCACCCGCUUUUGGGAAAAUGACUUUUCCUCUUCAAGCUGAACCACUCUGUCCAUACUACACAGAAGCCAUAUUUGUACGGGGGGGCGGGGGGAGAGGGGCUGUUGUGCUGUGUGCGUCUGUCCGUGGUGGGAGGGUGGGGGAAGGGAGCAGGGAGGGGAUCGUGUAUCUUUAUAAUCUUUCUAACUCUCCUGUGCUAAUCUCAGAGGGGCCACCCUCAAUAUAUCUGGAUUAUCCGUGUUA